UUGAAGCUUAUGACUAUGAGAAAUGUGUUGGUAACUUCAUGUUGUCUACAAACCUUUCAUGGUUUGUUCGUUUCUCGACCAUCAGAAGCUAUUCUACCAGUACAAAGAAAUGGGCAAAUCAUUACUGCCUUAUAUGAUUAUCAACCUCCAGCAACUGAUACACAACCAACUUUAUCGUGGCUAACUGUAAUGCAAGAAGCGUAUUUAAAUUUAGCGCACAAUUCAUUAAAUUUAUGCGCAGUUCUUUUACCAAGAAUUUUGAACACAUGUAGUCAAUUGUGGCUUUCGGGCAAAUCGGAAGUUAUAUCUGGUUCUUCGCACACGAUAAAAAUUUUAUUACAAGAUUGUGUCGGUAAAAUGUGUGAAACCAAAGAAUCAAUGGAAACGUAAGAUUAGAUUUGAUUAUUAUUCUUCGUAUCUAUAAUU